AGCGAUGUCGCGUUGUUGUGGCGGUGGCGACGAGCGCUGCCGUUGAAGGCGGGUCUGCUACGCGUGUUCUGUGUGCGGUGCGGUGGCGUGUGUGCGGGCACGAUGCCGCAUGGCAGCGGCGGAGACGACUUGGCCUCCUCGGACGAGAUCAAAGUGUUCAAAGACGAAGGCGAAGAGGAGAAGCGCUCCUCGGAGAACUUGACGGACCUCAAGUCAAGCCUGGUAACUGAAGGCGAGGAGGUAAGUGCCGCCGUCGCCGCUGCCAGGACCUCGGCUUGCCUCGCCGCGUCGUGCCACGCUGACUUUGGAGUAUCUCGGCUGCAGCAAGAUGCGUCGACAGCGAGGGGCCUGACGCCGACCUCGGGUUUGUGCCGGUUUUUGCAGGAGAAGAUAGUUGGCCUACCCGGGCAAGCGACCUCCGGCUACGCUUCGCCGAAGCCCACGCGGUCGGACGCCUUCGGUUCGCUAUUCGGAAAGUCUUCGUUCGAACCCAUUCCGGGGCCGUUUGGAUAUGUCGUUCCUCCUUACCACAACGGAGCCCUCGGCGCCGCCGUGUCAAUGGCGAGCAAGGGUCCGAUGGUGGCCUCUCCGCACCCGGGAUCGCCGCUCAAUUUUAUGGUCUACAACGAGACCUUCUCGCAGCCACCGCCUGCCCACAUGGGCAUCCCGCCGGUCCACAUCGAUCCCAAGACGGGUAUCCCGAGGCCGUCCGUGUACCCGCUCACCUCACCGGGCCAAUACACGCAUAGCAUGUUUUCCCAGGAGUUCGCGCAACAACUGCACUGGCACUCAGCAGCUGCUGGCAUGUACCCAAUGCCCCCGAUGGCUUCCGGGGGCUUCAGGGGAGGCAGUAGCUACGCGCCGCCUUUGCCCAGGAUCAACCCUCCUCUACUGCCUUCAAGUAUCAUGCCUCACGGCUUGCACCCGGCUCUAGUCACUCCGGGCCCCAAACAAGAACUCUCCUCCCCUCUCCCUGACACAAGUGUGGGCCCUGCAUUUCCCAGGCACCCACUAGCCAUGUACCACCCACUGGACUCCAAGUGCAACCAGGGUCGACCAAGCUCCCGUGGUGACUUGGUGAAUGGCGUGUCGGGUCUCAAUGGCCAUGGUAGUGGGCCACCUCCCAGCCAGCCACCAGGCCACCCACCUAGCAAUGGCAGCAGCAGCAGCAGCCAACCGCACCAGCCACAGCAGCAGCAGCAUAAUGGCACAGAGAAGAAGCCCCAAAAGCCGACUAACCAUGUCAAGAAGCCCCUCAAUGCCUUCAUGCUGUACAUGAAGGAAAUGCGUGCCAAGGUAGUCGCUGAGUGCACCCUCAAGGAGAGUGCGGCCAUCAACCAGAUUCUUGGGAGACGGUGGCACAGCCUUUCCCGAGAGGAGCAGUCAAAGUACUAUGAGAUGGCACGCAAGGAGCGGCAGAUUCACAUGCAACUCUAUCCGGGUUGGACGGCGAGGGACAAUUAUGCUAUCAACAGCAAAAAGAAGAAGCGGAAGAAGGACAAGAGUCAGGAUGCAGAUCUAAACAAUCCCAAGAAGUGCAGAGCAAGGUUUGGCUUGGACCAGCAGAGUGAUUGGUGUAAGCCGUGUCGUCGAAAGAAGAAAUGCAUCAGGUACCAAGAGGGGCUUGAUGGCAAUGCAAACGAGAGUGAGGACAACAUAGGCUCAGUGGAAGCCCCAACGCCUGAGUCGCACACGAGCCACGGGGGUGGGGAUACAACCACCACAACGAGCACCGGCAGCCCCUGCACCAGCCUAGGCACUCCUGAGCCAAGUCCUGGGCCACCCGCACGACGUGCAGACUGCUACAGCCUCAACAAGCACCACCCUCUCAGUGUGCACCAUCUGACAGGACAGCCACUUGUUAAGCGAGAGCCCGACGACGCUGUUGACAUUCUGACUCCUCCAUCUACGGAUUCCUCCACCACUCCAUCUUCCUUGCCCCUAUUGACGGUCACGUAGCAAGAACUGCCAGUGGGGCGUUGUAUUGUGCCUCGAGGACAGUGCAGUGACUGGGUGGCUCCCUACUUGCACAUGUGCACAGGACUCCUUCUCCACUCUUCGCAGAUUCUUUGAGCCCACUUGCAGCCAGCACACAUAACUGGUGUUGUGCGAGUCUUGGAGAUGGGCGUCGUCAACUGAACAGUACGAGGCCGCUGAUGACCGAGAGAUGCCCGUUGACCGCAGGUUGUGUGGCAUGUACAUCCAAGAGCCCUCAAGUUAAGCUUGAAGUCUUCAUAGCAGUAGAGAUUAAAACUUGUGCUCUGAGGUGCGUUAAUACAUACACACUUGUCAUUGGCCUUGUGAUGCCUGCCCUCACCGACUUGAUUCAAAUUCUCAAUUCGCUCUUCUGUGCUGCGCGACAUUAUGUCAUCAUGAUCAGGAGCUGUUGCAAUGUGCCGCCAUUGGUGCCGAAGUAGUGCCGUGAGGGCAACCUAUGAAGGGUCCCUUUCCUUGACUGUGGUUUCUUGUAAAUUCACUAUACAGGAUUAAGAUGGCAUGUGAAAUGUCCUCCAAUGCUCUGUAGGUAUUGUUUGAGUACUCGCAGCAAGCAGCCUUUGGAAGAGGUAGUAAGUGGCUGUAGAGAAAUUAUGAUGCAAAGGCAGUGAACAGCAUCCCUUUGUUGCCUUGCCAUUUGAUCGGAGCUAUCAAUUUAUCAAUAAGUGUGAGCUAAAGCUUCCGAUGCAUAAGGAGACAAGCAUUCGUGUGGGUCUAUGAUGCUGCUACACUCUUAAAAGGAGACUGUGUCUAUUUCAGUGAUUUCUUGCUGUUUUAACUGCUGAACAUUCAAUAAGUUUUCGGUCUACAUUCAGUGCUGGGCACCAGGGUUUAAGCUCUUAUUUUAUGACCAAGUGUGUCUACAUGAUGAAACUUUAGUGCAUGAAAAGAACACUGGCAAAGCAAGUGACAAACAACAGGACGAUGCACUUACUUCCAACAGAAUGUUAUGAACCAGAAAUAGAACAUAUACAUUCACCCAUGUGCACAGGUGCGAAGAGAAUACCUGUCCGGGCCGACAUUGCCGGUCAGAGCAAAGCACGAAAAAAAUCUCUUGCGUUGUGCUCCAAGUUUCCUCAUGUAUCACCACAAACUGGCUUACUCUUACACUCUCUUGAGUGUGUCUACCCAACUAAAUGUUUUAGGAAAUAAGUUGUUUGAAAGUUCAGCUGCUAUUCAUGUGUGAUACAAAGGUUGCAAAUUAAAGAGCACAGUGUGGCGAUUGCAGGGCCAUAGAUAGCCAGAGGGUAGCCAGAGUGUAGCAAAGCAGGCAUGUGUCCCAUUCCAAACAUAUCUGUAAUGCCAUACGAUAUCAACCCAGUCCUCACACUUCUUGGUCAUGUGCAUCCCUCCCAACCACCUGUGUUCCUCCACUUUCUCAAAGAAAAAUUCCUGGCUAUGCCACUGGUCGUGACACAGAAAUGUAUAGCCAGUGUUCUUAAACGUCAGGAGGCGUGCAUUAUUCACUAGGUUACUUUUUCUUUAUGGCACAACACAUAUUUGGCUUUGUGGAAUUGGACAUUUUAACUGUAUUUCACCACAUAAUGACGCCUCACCAACAGCUGUGCUUUUUCCCAUAUUUUCUUUUAGUAUGCUCAUAUUCAUUGCUCUUUAAAAUUUCUUGGUCCUAUUGAAAAUAAAUGCGUUGAAGCUGACUGCGUGUGGUAAACUGUAAUCUACAGUCAAGGUAAUUAUAGAGCUCUGGGAUGCCCCUGGAACCCUUUCCAAUAGCAGUGUUCAAGAACGUGUCCUACAGGGACUGCUGAGUUAUUUUUAUUGAAUUUGAGUUCUCUGAUUGGAAAGAAGAAAAACAUUUGUACACUUACUCUUAUUUGCAAACUGGCUUUCAGUUUUGCUAAAAAUGACAUCAGGCGACUAAAUUUAGUUGGAAAAUGAAAGUCAGAACCAUAUGAAUCAUUCACUCAUUUUGGCUAACUCAAAUAUUCUCGUUGACAUUAUUCUGAAACCUUUACUGUUUUGCCCUCAUAGACAAAAGAGUGACUGGUCCACAUAUAUGUGGCCUAUCUGUGACCUCAUGUUAACUCAUGUAGUAUUUGUACUGUUACAAAGAAAAAAAAAAUGAGGGGGAAAAAAGGGAGGGGGGUGUUGCCUGGAUGUACGCUUGUGUGCAGUGGGCAGCUAGUAGCUUGCAUUUUAAUUUGGCCCAGCUAUCUUGGGCUUGUAAGGGGUGCUUUUACGGGUGUUGUAUACAUUAGUGGAAAGGGACUGAGGCUGCCAAACAAACUCCAUGUCACGCACUGUCAGAUACUGAAGAACUAGGGGAAGAAGUCGAAACCGUGUAGGGGCAAGGCUUCAAGAGUACUAAUGGCUGUGUAUUUUAAUCCAACCUCAAGAAAGUGUGCCAUCACCUAGAGAGAGCUGCUAGCCACAAUUUUCGUCCUACCGUGUAGUGGUAGCGGCUCGCUGUGUUUGCUGUGCCACUUGCAGCCCUCUGCUGUGGCCUGCUGUAGAGAGAGAGAGAUGUUCCAGUGUGACUCCCUCUCCCCUUCCUUGUAAAUAGCUCUUACCGAGACGGGACAGGACGCAGGGAGCUGGAUAUACUCCCGCCUGUACAGUGAUCAACAUUGCGCCUUCUGCCUGUCUUGUUUACUCAUACACUGUGCUGGAGAGAGAAGCGUAAUAUGUGCCAACCUUGGGGGGAGGGGUUUUUUUGUUUCGUACUACUACACAAAUGCAGUAUUCUUUCCCUUCCCGACACCUUGAAAUCAACAGAAAGUGUUAGUGUGGCCAUGUAUAUAUUAUAUCCUUGUCACUUUGAAGGCUCCUCGAUAUAAUUGUGCAGUUUUCUCUUGAUUCUCCAGUCUCGUCUCAGCGCGUCAAGAGUCAGCAUAGUGUUAAAACUGUCUGGAACAGAAUCAUUUUUUUCCCUUGCCAACCUCAUUGUAAACAGUCACCUUCACCUGUUUUUGAUCUCAGCUGUGAGGCGAGAGAUGUUUGCAAGUGCAUGCUCAGAGAAAGGUAAACUUGGAGAAAGCUGCAUUCUUGUACCAAAAAUAUAUAUAUUUUUCUUCAUUCGUGACAGUUUUUGUGUCAAUGGUUUUGUAUCUUCAAGGAUAAGUGUGGGUAGUAAGCUGUGUCUCAGUGGUUUCUAUUCUUUGUUGAUUUGUUGUUUUUUUCUUUUACACGCAUUCUUUUACUGGUAUGUUUACAAGCUUUUAAUUUAUGUGUUACUGAGUGUUGUCAAGUGGCAUUUUAUUGAGCAUGCCUAUGAAAUGUAGGUGCUGUGUGAAAGGGCCCUGUAGCCUUUGACACCAUAUUGCGUUUAAAAAGGGACAAACUGAGCAAAUGAUCAUGUGUGCCUUUAUAGCUUGAACAUGCCACAAAGGAGUCAUGGAAUUAUGUUUCAAUCCUGUCUGUUAGCCGAGUGACGAAUUCCUGAUUCGUACUCUGCAUUAGAAGCAUGUAUACAAAAGAAUGGUAGGUUUAUGUUAGCAACAAAGACUAAAUCAUCUGCUUCAUGUGUCUGUCCCGCACAGUCAAUAUCUAAACACUAAUAAACAGGGAAGGUUGGUCACAUGAGCAGACUUCAGAAGGCGUGCGACACAUUUUCUCAUUUGUGAAGCUACAAACAUUAUACGGUCUUUGUUUUUUCAAACACUUGCAACAUUAUGAACAUUAUGGUGCAAUUACACCCAUGAGUGUGGUCAUACAGACACGAAGACAGCAUGUCAAGGAUAUGCGCAUGACGUGUGUGGAAAUUUUUAUUAUGAUGUUGCUUGAAAUUGCGAGGCACAGACGGGCAUCUGCUUCACCUUGAAACCGGCAUGUGUAUAUCUCAAGAAUGCUCAGGUCAUGGAGCAUGCAAAGUUUAAUCAAAAAAGCUACCACUUGUACAAACCAAGUUUGUAGUUUUGUUCAGUUAUGGCUGAAGGGCACAAUGUCAUUUUCUCUCUUAUGGGUACAUAUUGAGCAAAAAGCAAAUUAUAUGUAAGCACUUUGACAAUAUCAGUUGCUGGAUUUUAAGCAUAGUGGCUGAGUGCUUUCUAGAUAUUUUUUUUAUGCAGCAAUGCCACUGUUGCUUGGUGAAUCGGCCACAGGUCUGGAAACAUUAUUUUCUCAGUGGAAAACAAAAACAGAGGUGCAUAUCAGUCUUGCAUUUUUGUGAUUUUGCAUUGUGCAGUUCAACCACAAGUGUUCUGUGCACCUUUAGAACAUUUACUUAUAGCUUGAUUUUGUUUACAUUAAAUCUAAUACAAUCCUCUGGAUCAAUGGAAUGAGACACUUUUUUUAGCCUGUUUUUUUAGAAACAUUUUGUACUGGUAAAGUAAUAGUGUAUGGGGAGAAAGUGCUUUUUGGUUUUAUGCGUUUACAUAUGACUGAGUCAUUUUUAGCAUUCAUAUGCAUGCAAGCUCACCAUUUCAUGGUGUUGAAACAUAUGUAAGGAUUUAUUCAUAGGCCUGACAUGUCUAUUGUAGUUGUUGCAUCACCCAUCAACUGUCUGGUCCAAAAAUCAAAACUUUUCUUUGGAGACACUGGUGUCAGAAGUGAUGUGCUCUUUGUUGUUCCUAGCAGGGCAGACACAGGAGUGCAUGCUUGCGUUUUAGCUAUGUGCAAUGAAUCCUGCCCGAGGUCAUGUGCAUUAGGUACUUUUUGUUUUCUUUGAAAAGAAAGAAAUGAGAAAGAACUGUAACAAAUGUGUCUGCUGUUUCUCAUUUGUUUCUGGAGGUUGUGUGCAAUUUUUGAGAAAACUGGACUGUGUACUUGCACAUGUUGUCAUGAUCACAAGUCUGUCUGUUGCAUAUCCCAUUUUCAAAGAUUGAUGUGUUCACUUAAUGCUAUAUGUUUGUAUCAACUGUUUUUUUUAAGUGUACCAUGAGUGGGCAGCUUUGAAGAAUGAGAGAACUGAGCAGAUAGGUUUGCUGAUGUAAUGAAAAAGAAUGUUGCAUUUUUCAAUUAAGUUCAUGGCUGAAGGAGUGCUGUAAUGAUUAAAAACAAAUGAAGCUACA